AUGACGAAAUCGGCCUUCGACACCAUAAGCCUUCGAACCAACUCCGACACUGACUCAGCGGCGCAAAACCGGGCGGGAGCUGCUGCGGAAGCUCCAGAAGGAGGACUAGGACAAGGGGAAGGAGGGGAUCCUCCCCCAGCAGGUCCUGAAACUCCGAUACAGUCAGGAGAGCCGGAGAACGCUCAGCCGAAAGAGUCAGCCGAACCAAAACCGCCGUCUGCAGAAAAUGCAUCGAAAGGAUCAGGAUCGCAGGAUGUAGGAUCUGUCGAAGCGGGCCAAAAAACCCCUGAAUCCGGGGACCGAAAAUCAUUGGUUGGAACAGCUGAAGGGGAACGAAAGACCGCCGAGCCUGCCGACCGCGGUUCGCGUGGGGGCUCCGCCGAUCAGCCUGAGCCUACGCCAGAAGAGGUUAGUUUGUCUUCGUUUCAGACGACCGCUUUGAGGUAG